ACUUUAAAUUUAAACUUCCUCCUCAAGAUAAUUGUCAAUUGUAACUUGUAGAGGAAAUUAUAUCACAGUGUACAACGGAACUUAAAUGAUGAUUUCCGAUAAAUUUGACGCCUAUGCUCGAAGACCAGUCCGGUCAAAACGGUUGGAGUUUAUGCUUACCCAAAGAGCGAAAAAGCAUAGCACGAAGCGAAGAAGAAGGAAAUGGUAUAAAGUGCGUACCUAAGACGAUACGACGAGAGACGUUAAAGUAGAUACAAUCGAGAAUUAAUAGUCUUCCUGAACAACCACAGGUAUUAGCCAUGACAAAGGAAAUAUUUCUUCUCUAUUUGUUUUACUUGGUCGUAUUCGCCAAGGCAUCUGUUGAAGUUGAAAGUGCGUAUGUUCCAGAAAUGAAUAACCAAAACGAUGAUAAAAAUAUCUCUUUACCUGAAUGCACAUUCAAUGUCACCAACUCUAGUAUAGAGUACUUCAGGUCUAAGUUAGCAGUGUUCGAAUCAGAGUUCAUAAGAUUUCGGAUUCGCUUGAUGAAUUCUACAGUCGUGACCAAAAUUUUACCAGGCGUAUUUAAGCCUGACCUGUGGGUGUGGACAUAUCGCCCUCCGCAUGGAAACUAUUCUUACCUCAGCUGGAACUUACAGUAUGGAUUACUUAGCUUUUCCAUUCUUGAAACUCAACUAUACGUAAUACGUCACAUUGAUCUCUUGACGACCCAGAGCGAAUGCUUGGUCACAUUCGGGGAAACAGAAACAACAAGCAGUAUUUCACAUUCUCUGAUGAAGAUGGUUGAAGUUUCCGAACAUAACGUUCCGAAGUAUCAACACAAUUACAUGUGCUACCUAUCGGAGGUUCCUGGUAUCAAGAAUAGUUUCGCCUACAAAGCCGGGCUUUACCUAAGUUUUCCGGUCACAUUCAUCAAUUACAAAUGCUGCACAUACGGGUACUCAUUUCAAAAGGUGCAAUUUGUUAAGUCCAACUGCAAUAUGUUUUUUGAGAAGUGGCAACUGCUAACGUAUGGACCAUAUUUUCUUGGCGUAACUCUACUGUUGAUUUUUCCCAUUUUGCUAUUUGCGAUGUGUGCAUGCAUUUCUAAAUGCGAUCAAAUCCUUCCAAUGAAUGUCGAAAUGGGGCAGUUUAUAUUAAGAGAUACAAUCGAGCAAAACUGGGUUUAUCUUGAUGGAAACUCACCUGUAACAGUACUUCAUGUUUUGUCACAGCCCCUUAAUUGCUUUAGGCGUAAACAUCCCAUCCUUGAUUCACGUCUCAGACGUUUAAUUUGCGUAUGUUUCGCACCUAUGUUUAUCUAUUUACAAUUGUACAUGUUUAAAGAUGGUUAUGUUUUUUCAUAUCAUGAACCCGUUACAAGGAUUUCCGUCAGAGAUCUGGUCAAGUUUGGCAAACCUGUAGGGUUUCUUGCGCUAUAUGGCGAUAUGUCAGACAUGAAUAAAGCAUUUGUCCCUAUUCUUGGUGGUCCAUUUGGUGUCAUAAUACUGUACUUUUCACUAGCCCUGAUUUUGAUAGUUUGUCCUAAAAGUUUAAAGAAGAUCGUAAAUAAUGGUUUGCCGCGACAAAGCGAUGUUUCACCCUUGUUUCACGGCCUUGAGGAGAUACCAAUGUCAGAAGCGUGUUAUUGUGCCAAGGAAAAAGUGUAUGAAAGAGCAUCAGAAAUUUGCAAGCAAAGAGUUUACUUACUUUUUUCUACUGAUCAAUGGAGGAAGGUAUUCAGCAUCCAAAGAAAGAGAUUUGAGAGCCACCCCAUUUGCCGAGGUUUGAUGAGAACGAUAAUGGAGACACUGACGUUCCCAUUUAAAGCAAUGUUAUGUGUGUUUGAGGUAUUCAUCUAUAUUCUAUUCUUUCUGUUUCCGGUAUUUACUUUCAGCGUAAUAAUUCUCAAAGGUGCAGUUGUUUCAAUAAUGGAUACUAGAAAUUCAUUCAAAAGACGUGGCAGUAUAGUCAGUAACAAUGUAAUUUGGUUUUUCAUUACCGUCUUUAUUUUAGGGGCCGUCUUUGUAUUUGGUUAUUGCGUCUGUCUAGUGUUUCUUGAAAGCUUCAUCUACCUAGCCCAGAUGGCUAUAUACUGUUUUGUUGCCCUAAUUUUGUUUCCUACCAUAGCAUUUGGCUAUCUGUUUUUCUUUGUGACCCUAAUGUAUUACUUGGCACAUUUAGUUGGAGACUUUGGAGAUGGGUAUUCGCGACUGUUACAGAUCGUCGUGAAUAAAUCUAUAGUAUUGGAACAAGCUGUAAAUGUCGUGAUUUACAAUGAUAAGACAUUGGAGAUUAUAAAUGUCAAUCAACACUUCGAAACUGUAAAACUGAACGGAGAAGAAAUAGCUAUUCCAAUAGAAACACAGAUCAACAUCCAGUCAAGGGUUAGUCAUGUACAAAUGGUGAUGCACAAACAUUUUGCACCCGGAAUUCCACGGGAACUGUUCGACAAAAUUGUUAAGGAAAAACGACCAGUAAAUGCGCAGAUAGUGCACUUACUUGUUCACCUCACUAUCAUAAUGUCUCUAAUAACAGUAACAUUGACUUUAGUAUCUAAGUUCAACUCGGCGUUUAAUACUAAUGAAUCUGAAGUGUUGCACAUUGUAUUCACUGUCAUUGUUGGAUUCAUACCCAAACUGGUAGAAAUGUUUCUUAAAGGAGGGAGUGACGCUGGAAGAAAGGAGAUCGAGGAAAAAGAGAUAGGAGAAAUCGUUGAAAAGUUCUGGACAACUAGGGAUUGAACCUAAAGAUAAUCCCGGUUUCUGAGAAUUUGUAUCCCGACUAUUUAACAAUUACUUAGUGUUGAAAUUGACAUGAAUAUUUGAUUUGAUGCUUAUGUAGGUAUGCUGAAUUUGUUGAAUGUGCUGUCUUAGGUAUGCAUAAUUACUCGGCGACGUUAUGGAACUUAAGCUAAUUGAUACUGUUGGAAGCUUAAUGAUGUAGCCCUAAUAUACCUUAUCUUUGAAUUUGUUGUGAUAAAGACGUCAGAUGUUUUCGGUCAAAACUGUUGUGGAAGUUGGUGUCGUUUUAUGAUGUGCGUCUUGUAUAUUUGAUGUUUUCUUAUUUAAAAAAAUACUUCAGUUUGGUAAGAUUAAAAUGUUUCGAAAAAUUGUAGCCUGUAGUUUUUUUCGAAGUAUUGCGUUGUCUUAAGUAUUAAUAUAAAUUGUGGUUUGUG